CACUACUUCUCUGGCCGCACACGUGGAAUGAUUACAAUUGCGGCUGCGGUCCCACUCGCGCUCGUCCACGCUCUAGUCCUACUUUUGUACUGUUAUGUCGCGAGCCCGAUGCUGUCAGCAGCGGCGGCACGUUACACUCUUUUUUCUGAGGCCUCGCGCGGAAGAAACAGCAUUUUGUAAAGCUAAAGACUUGCAGAGAAUGAGCCCCGCAUAAGUCCGGGUAUUGUUGUCAUCUACCCCCUCCUUUCUCUCGUUUUUUUCCCCCCUGUCCCGCGGUCUCCAAGUCGGGUCAUUGUACAUAAGUAUGGUAGAUAAAGGCCCCUUGUUGACCUCUGCUAUUAUUUUUUAUCUGUCCAUUGGGGCAGCAAUUUUUCAAGUCCUGGAGGAGCCCAAUUGGAAGCUCGCCGCAGAGCAGUAUAGUGCCCGGAAGGAUAAAAUACUUGAGGAAUACCCCUGUUUGUCGAAAGAUGAUUUGGACAAGAUAUUAGAGGUGGUGUCAGAUGCUGCAGGCCAAGGAGUCACUAUAACAGGCAGUAAGACAUUCAACAACUGGAACUGGCCAAAUGCUGUUAUCUUUGCUGCUACAGUUAUCACUACUAUCGGAUAUGGGAACAUUGCUCCAAAGACAUCAGCGGGCCGUGUAUUUUGCAUCUUCUACGGGCUGUUUGGUGUACCUUUAUGUCUUACCUGGAUAAGUGAACUGGGAAAGUUUUUUGGUGGCAGAGCCAAACACCUGGGCCAGUUUUUAACUAAAAAGGGAUUUUCACUAAGAAAAGCUCAGUUUACCUGCACAGCUAUUUUUCUGCUCUGGGGUGUGCUGGUCCAUUUAGUCCUUCCACCUUUUGUGUUUAUGUCUCAGGAGGGUUGGACAUACAUCGAGGGCUUGUACUUCUCAUUUGUCACCUUGACCACCAUUGGUUUUGGGGACUUGGUUGCAGGAGUCGAACCAAAUAAAGAAUAUCCAACUCUGUAUCGAUACUUCGUGGAAGUGUGGAUAUAUCUUGGGUUAGCUUGGCUUUCAUUGUUCUUCAACUGGAAGGUGCGGAUGGUGAUUGAAGCACACAAGGCACUGAAGAAACGCCGCAAGCUGCGCAAGCUAUCUCUUGAUGAGCUCCGGCACUACAAGUCUCACAAAGCUUCGCUUCGUUUGCCACCCACUCCUAAUGACGUCAACAUUUUCAGCUUCUUGUCCAAGAAACAGGAAGGCUAUAAUGACUUGAUAAAACAGAUUGGUACCAAAAAAGAAUGCAGAACCAAUGGGACCACUGCAAACGGCACCAGUAAAUCCAAAGAGAUCGGUCGCUCCCAGAGUUGCAAUGACGCCCCCAUGUUUAAUGGCCACACUAUCGUCAGUCUGGACCGCUCACCACGGCAAAAGAGACGCUAUAGUUUCAGUGACCGCGUCACUGUUGCUUUUUCAAAGUCCAAAAACUACCUCCUGGGCUCAGACAGUUUACUGCUCACAGAGGACCAUGUAGAGGGUGACCUAGAACUUAACCGAAUGUAUGAGAACCAGCUUGACAAGGACAUCGACCUCGAGAAUGCAGGAGUGGGAGAUUGUGGAGCAGGUGGCAGAAGGGCAUGGGAUUCUAAAGAGUACCAUCCUCUAACAAUCCAAAAUGCAAACAUUACUUUUAUUGAUGAGGAAAACUUUCUCAGUAAUAACUUGGAGGAGUUGGAGGAUGAUGACAACGAUGAUGAUGAUGAUGAUGAUUCUAAGGCAAAGCUGUCUAUUACUACAUGUGACGAAAACAUUGAAACAAACUCCAAAGAAGAGCAGAGCUCUGAAUCUGAAGGAUCUGUUUUCACUAGUGACGGUUCAGAACACGGCCGCUCCUAUGAGAAACUUGUAGAGGAAUAUUCAAAGGAAGACAAUACAGAGUCUUGAGAGUUGGAGUUGAUCAAUGUGAAGUCAACACACCUCCUGGUCUGUUGUGGUUGACUUGUGUGGCAUUGAACUAGAUGUAUUGUGAUCUGAACCAUAUCAAUAGGGUCUGAGAAGAGACUGCAAAUCCAAAAUCAAAUUUCAACUAUAUUCUGGCAAAAAUUCCCAUCAUAUUGAUUCAUUUAAUAAGUUGAUUUUUUUGUAAAAACAAACAAAUGGUGUCCUUCCCCUUGCUGAAUAUGGGCUUCAGAGCACAACAUCCAAGCCUGUUCAUGUCUUCCUUUUUAUACAGUUUGAAAAACUAUAUGCCAAAAUUUUUUUUGUAUUGUCAAAAAACAAUUAUUGUCCAUGAGUGAAUUAUUUUUACUCAUAGGUUAUGAAAUUCUGUGGAAGUGUUUUUCGAUUUCCUCUGUGUUCAUCUAUUUAUAUUCACCAUAUUGGUGUUUUUUUAGAAUAUUUAUUGAAAUGAAGGACAUGGUAGCUUUUAUUCAAUUGCUACGUGGGUUAGUUUGUCUCCCAUUGCAUAAUUCCACCAAAUGAGGGCAAAUCGGUGUCCGUUCCAGUGGAGACUGUCCUUUUAAAACCUGAGCCAAGUCUUUGUCUUAAAGAAAUGAAGGGGUUUAAGGGCCAAUGCUCCUUUUGUGAAGUCCUUAAUAACUUGUGUGAGGUUUCCGCUUGUUUUUAACUUCAAACAAUAGAAUUGUAACUGCAAUAGAAAUCAUGAUAUAUUGAACAUCUGAGACCUAGAACAAAAUAGUGAACAGAGACACUCGAAUCACAGUUGGUGUUUUAUACUUUUUGUGCACAUCUGUUGGUUUUACCUCAGAAAAUGAACACGUUUUCUUGUUAAGUGCAUAAUGGGAACAAACCUUUCACAGUAGCAGCAUUCUUCCGUUCUGUCUCUUUAGCACCCUUUCACUUGAUUGUAUUUGCCAUGUAAAUAUUGGCUGGAAGCCCAUCAGUUGCCACAAACGCAGCUCUGCUCGGGACGUGGCCUUGCUACCUGUGUUUGCCUUUAGGGGGCUCGCAUCACCAUAAAUGACUGCGGUGCCGCCUACGACAGGCAGCCAAGGUUAACUUGUUGCAGAUCAAUACUCUUGACGUACGUUUCAGUAAUGAGACGGAGUCAGCAGUAUUGUUUCCCUGAACUGUUGUGUAGAGUUUCCCUUUUGUUUCAUGUGAACACAAAACUGAUCUAUUGAAGUCCAGUGCUUUUCAGUUUCACUUUUAAAGGGGCCCUCGGUUAUAUUACUAAUUCACUGCCUUUUGCACAAGUUGUCUUGCACACUAAAACUUGAAACGGUGUUACUUUGAAUGGUUAAGUGGCAGCGAUGCAGUGUCACAAAGGACGACUUUAAAACUGGUCUUCUCAUUUAACAAAUUUCAUUUAAUAGUGUACUAUAAAUGUAGUUCAAGAUUUUCAGUUUUCUCUGUUUUUUUUUUUAACACAAAAUGCACAUUGUGAAUGCUUUUUGUGCCUUACGGAUGAUUGCUAUUAAGAGAAUAGCCUUAAAUCCACUGCAAAGCAGAGGAUACACAAUACAAUGGAACAUCUAUUGAAUGUACUUCGCAGUGAUUCACUGAAGAGUUGUAAUCUGUCAUACUGGGUGGAUUGUUUUUUCCCCCUUCUAGUAUUUCAUAACAGGGUCACCACUUUUGUUAAUGUGAACAAUCCUCUCAUUUUCACUGGGUUUCCUGGUUGGUGUAUUAUUGCACCAUUGUUAUGUAGACAUGGUACUCGUGCAGACUGAAUUUCAAACAUGUCUCAAGAUUAUUAUUAACUAAAAACAGGAUAGAGAAGUUAAAGCCAUUGUCCAAAGUUUUAGUCCUAAUGUUGCUCCAUUGUGUAAAAACUCCAGCAUAGUUGUCUGUACAGUUUUAGUUAACUUUUUUUAUGAUUAAAUUAUUUAUGUUUGUAUUUGAAUUCCAGACAAAACUGUAUAUUUCAUGUAAAAUAAACAUUUAAUAAAACUUUGAGUAUCUGA